GUAUCAUUCUCUUCUUCUUCAACGAGCAAAUGAGGCAGAGGCUGUCCAGAGCCACAUGAAGUACAAAAUCAGCUACUUCAGUUAGAAAUUUCAGCAAUUAACAUUUCUAAGUGAAUGAUGAAGUUCAUAACAGAUUCUGUGAGUCGUGGUGCACGACUCGGGAUACUUUCAGAGCUUGAGAAAUUUCCUGAUGCUAUUUUUGAAACCCCCCUGCUCACACUUUACUCUAUGAGGGGUAGUGUUCCACACUUGACGAAGGAUGUCUUCAAAAUGUUGACGAAGGAACAGCAAAUGCUGUCUGUCACCCUACCAUCGACAAUAACAAUGCUGGAUGCUGUUCAGCAGUCUCAAUCAUUCACCGAGUUCGUCAGUAUGCAGGAAUAUCCGACGAUAUUGACAAUCCAAGAUCCCACGCAGAAAACUCCCCACGGAUACCAGAAAUAUGUCACAACAGCGGUAUGGUCUAAGCAUGGACAACACCAAAUCACUCCAGAGACAUACAUGAAUUUAGUGGAGGCAUUCAAGCCAGACAUUUACGUAGCUCUUUGCGAUGGUGACAGCAACGAAGAAACUCCAGAGAAGAAAGUUACAAAGGUCGUAGAGAGGAGUAAAAGACAGUUCGAUCAAUGCUUUCAAAUACACCAAAGCUCGGAUAUUCUGAAAAAUACCUGUUUGCUGGGUGCAGUCGAAGGAGGAUACGAUUUAUCAGCUCGUGAACAGUCCGCCAGGUUCUUGAUGGAGAAGAAUUUAGAGGGAUAUGUCAUUGAUGGACUUCAUGUCAAUGGACCCGAAGUACAGAACCUCCAGUUUGGAAAAAUUAAAGAUGUUGUGCAUCAUACGUUGGAUAUGUUACCCGUCGACAAACUGAAAGUAUCCAUGGGCUGUUGGAAUCCUAAUGUAAUAUUAGAACUUAUCGACUCUGGAGUGGAUAUUUUCGACUCCUCGUAUCCUUACGUGAUGACUGAAACUGCCAAAGCCAUCACAUUCAUGUGUGACUCGCAUGAACAUGAUAGUAAUUAUCAUCCUGAAUUGGUGAUUUCCAUCUCCGAUAAAAGAUAUGCUGAUGACUUCUCACCGAUAUGCGACAAGUGUCAGUGUUUAACGUGCAAAAAUCACACGAGAGCGUACCUGAAUCAUCUGUAUAAUACCAAAGAACUGCUGUUCUCUGUUCUUCUCAUGAUGCACAAUACCCACACGUAUCUCGAGUUCUUCAAGACAAUCAGAGAGCACAUCAGAAAAGGAACCUUUUCCCAAUUUAAAAAACAAUUUAUUGAUAAAUUUUCUUGACCUUAGAAAUGUAAAAAUCUAUUUUUAUUGAAUUUUACAAA